UUGUUACGAAGUAAUUUCGGUACAUGGACAAUUUCAAAAUGGUUGUCAUUUAACACACCGAAGGGACAGUUGUAUCUGAAACACAUUGUAUCUGGUACAUUGUAUUUUAAAACGUUUAAAUGCAAUGUGCUAUAUCGUAUUAUUUAAAUCAUACAGGCACGAAUUAUCCAGGCUGCUUAUCCUCGAAACUGUCACCAGCUCUGUCAUCGGUCUCCAGUGUGUGGUUGCCAAGCAUGGCGGGAGGGAAUAAAAACAGAAAGUUCCCGCGAGGAUCGCAACGAUUUCGCUUCGAAUGAAGUCACGUUCAUCUUCUGAAUAAGAAAAAACGAUACGUACGCAAAUAGAAGUUUCGAAUUCAACACGUGCGGUCGAUGUAAGACAACCCGUCAGCCGCCCGAAUCGACGCUAUCGCCUCGAUCGUUCGUGCUGAUCGAAAGUAGGUAAAACAGACCCAACUGUCAAUCGCGUGCACAAAGAUGAACGUAGCGCGAAACGUUUUAAAUACCAUUAAAUCGAACGGUCACUGCAACAACGUCACGUCGUUGAACUGUCACGUGUUCGGUUGCGGUUAUGCAGGCGCGUCAAGUUCACCGAGAAUCGAUGAUCUGCCCGAUAUCUCGAAAUCGCCCGACGGUGCAUCUCGAUCGAAGAUAGAGACCAGCGAGAUAUCGAACGACAGAAAUUACGGCACGGCGGCGACAGCAACGAACGGAAGUAUAGCACAGGAAGCGCCGAAACCGCGCGGGCUUCCUGUCAUCGGGACGCUUUUCUCGUUUCUGUUUUCCGGCGGCGUGAAACAACAGCACGAAUAUGUGAACAGAAGGCACAAGGAACUGGGCCCGGUUUACAGGGAACGGAUCGGACCAAUCACGGCGGUGUUCGUCAAUUCACCCCAUGAAUUUCGUAGAAUAUUCCGGCUAGAGGGAUCGACGCCCAAACACUUUCUACCGGAAGCUUGGACCCUUUACAACGAAAUACGGAAGUGUCGACGCGGUUUAUUUUUCAUGAACGGAGAGGAAUGGAUUCAUUUUCGUAAAAUAUUAAAUAAAGUGAUGUUGGUACCGGAUGCGAUGAAUUUAAUAGCCGAGCCGUGUCACGAGGUUGCUAAGGGUCUUCGAUUGAAAUGGCAGAAACAAAUCAAGACCGACGUCAUUAUAUCGAACUUACAGGUUCAACUUUAUCAAUGGUCUAUCGAGGCAAUGAUGGCCGCUUUGAUGGGUCCUUCCUGGUGUUUGUAUAAGCAACAAUUAUCACGGGACUUUGAAAGAUUAGCGAAAAUAUUACACAAAAUAUUCGAAUAUUCGGCUAAAUUAUCCAUAAUGCCAGCUAAAAUAGCGAUGAAUUUACGAUUACCAGUUUGGACGAAAUUCAUUACGUGUACCGAUACAGCUUUCGAAAUCGUUCGUGUUCUGGUACCGGAAAUGAUUCGAUUAGGCGGCGAUGGUUUGUUGAAGAAGAUGAUCGACGAAGGAAUUCAGGAGGAGAACGCAAUUUGCAUCGUCACUGAUUUUAUCUUAGCAGCUGGCGAUACGACGGCGACCACUUUGCAAUGGAUAUUGUUGCUGAUAUGUAAUCACCCCGAGAGACAAGAAGAAUUGUUUCGACAUCUGAAGAAGGUUCCACAGUAUGAAUUGCCGCGCGAUCCCCUGUUGAAAAGCAUAAUCAAAGAAUCGCUGAGACUAUAUCCUAUUGCUCCAUUUAUCUCACGAUAUUUGCCGGAAGACAGCGUGAUCGGUAAUUACUUUGUGCAAAAAGGGGAGUUGCUCGUGCUAUCAAUUUAUUCGAGCGGUCGUGACACAGCAAAUUUUUCACGACCAAAUGAGUUCCUACCGGAAAGGUGGUUCAGAACGGAAAAAGGCACUUACCAAGGUGUAUUGAACCCACACGCGAGCCUGCCGUUUGCUUUCGGAGCAAGAAGUUGCAUAGGACGAAAACUCGCAGAAAUACAGAUAUCGCUCGCCUUGACAGAGCUGGUCAAAUCGUUCAAGAUAGAAUGUGUAAAUAAAGAUCGGGUGAAACUAAUUUUGCACAUGAUUUCCGUCCCGUCGGAGUCGUUGAAGUUGAAAUUAACUCGAAGAGAAUAAACGGGA